UCUGUCUGUCUCUGUCUUGGUGUCUGUCUCUGUCUGUCUGGGUGUCUGUCUGUCUGUCUGUCUUUCUGGGUGUCUUUCUCUGCCUGGGUGUCUGUCUCUGUCUGGGUGUCUGUCUCUGUCUCGGUCUGGGUGUCUGUCUCUGUCUCUGCCUGGGUGUCUGUCUCUGUCUCUGUCUGGGUGUCUGUCUCUGUCUCUGUCUGGGUGUUUGUCUCUUUCUCAUUCUGGGUGUUUGUCUCUUUCUCAUUCUGGGUGUCUGUCUCUUUCUCAUUCUGGGUGUCUGUCUCUUUCUCAUUCUGGGUGUCUGUCUCUUUCUCAUUCUGGGUGUCUGUGUCUGUCUGUGUCUCUGACUGGGUGUCUGUCUAUGUCUCUGACUGCGUGUCUGUCUCUCUGUCUCUGUCUGGGUGUCUGUGUCUGUCUGUGUCUCUGACUCGGUGUCUGUCUGUGUCUGUGUCUGUGUCUGUCUCUGUGUCUGUGUCUGUCUGUCUGUCUGUCUGGGUGUCUGUCUCUGGUUGUCUGUCUCUGUGUCUCUGUCUGGGUGUCUGUCGCUGUCUGUCUGUCUGGGUGUCUGUCUGGGUGUCUGUCUCUGUCUGUCUGUCUGUCUGUCUGUCUGUCUGUCUGUCUGUCUGUCUGUCUGUCUGUCUGUCUGUCUGUCUGUCUGUCUGUCUGCCUGUCUGUCUGUCUGUCUGUCUGUCUGUCUGUCUGUCUGUCUGUCUGUCUGUCUGUCUGUCUGUGUCUCUGACUGGGUGUCUGUCUGUGUCUCUGACUGGGUGUCUGUCUGUGUCUCUGACAGGGCGUCUGUCUGUCUGUCUGUCUGUCUGUCUGUCUGUCUGUCUGUCUGUCUGUCUGUCUGUCUGUCUGUCUGUCUGUCUGUCUGUCUGUCUCUGUCUGUCUCUGUCUGUCUCUGUCUGUCUGUGUCUGUCUCUGUCUGUCUCUGUCUCUCUCUGUCUGUCUGUGUCUCUGACUGGGUGUCAUCCUCUCUCAGUAGACGGUGCCUCCCCCUGGGAUACCCUUCCUCCAGCCCUCUCUGCCCUGCAGGAAGUGACCCUUGACCCCCAACAGCCGCCCACCUCAUCUCUCUCAUCCCAUUCAGCCUCCACCCUAGACUCCCCCCACCAGCUCUCUCUAGAGGCCUCACUGCGUACGGCAGCCCAGGCUCCAGACCUCAGCUCCAUGAGAGGGGCUACAGGUGGCAGUUCCCAAACCAAGUGCACAGUCUGGGAGCAGGAAACCCCACAUGGGCCUGGGUAGGUGGAGGGGGGACCCCAAGAGCCCCAGCCUACGCUGCGGCCCCCCAAAGCUCUCAGAGGGAACUCCGCGGUGAGGAUGGAGAGCAGCAGCACCGGCACCCCUGGUGGGGAGUGCACACACACCCACGCAGGCUCCGCACACUGCCGCAUGGCCCUGGGACUCUUCCUACCUGAGUGUGAGUCUGAACGGAGGCGGUGGAGAUUGGUUUACUGGUAUACACUGCGCCAGACCACUUCUGACCAGGUUGGACUGGCUGGCUCUUCAUAGGCUCCCAAAUCCAACCCACCACUCACACCAUCAGAUGCAAGAGGGAUCUCUCUCUCUCUCUCUCGCUCUACCUCUCUCUCUCUCUCGCUCUACCUCUCUCUCUCUCUCUCUCUCUCGCUCUACCUCUCUCUCUCGCUCUACCUCUCUCUCGCUCUACCUCUCUCUCUCUCUCGCUCUACCUCUCUCUCUCUCUCGCUCUACCUCUCUCUCGCUCUACCUCUCUCUCUCUCUCGCUCUACCUCUCUCUCUCUCUCGCUCUACCUCUCUCUCUCUCGCUCUACCUCUCUCUCUCUCUCGCUCUACCUCUCUCUCUCUCUCGCUCUACCUCUCUCUCUCUCUCGCUCUACCUCUCUACCUCUCUCUCUCUCGCUCUACCUCUCUCUCUCUCUCUCUCGCUCUACCUCUCUCUCUCACUCUACCUCUCUCUCUCUCAAGAUGAUUACAACCCACCACCUUAAAAACUGAAUGAUAUAUUACAGUUGUUGUGUAUGUAAACAUAAGUGCGUUGGUUUUGACCGAGUUUGGAAAACCCUUGGUUAUGUUACUAGAAAUAGACUAGAUUCUCAGUGGCGAAUUUAGCAUGCAGAUCUUGGUGGGGCAAAAAAAAAGAAGAAAAAAAGAAGAAGUGGGACGCCAGCAAAGCAGUUAGGUCCUACAUAGACCUGCAGCAACAGCAGUCCCGACAUCUUACCACAAGGCUCCGCUGGCUGGCAACGAAACAGUUCAUUCAGACUCAUUUACUGCCUUUUAAAAAAACAUAGCUGAUACGGCUGACUUGCUUAGAACACAUUCUAAUGACAAUUGAGAUGUACAAACUAUGCCAUAAGGCGACGACGCGCGGAUAAGAGUCUAUCGUAAUUUCAAUGAAGACAUUAAUUAGCUCCUAACAUCUUACUACACAACAUACACUUAGUAUUUCUUUCUUAGCUACAGUGUACAUAUCGCCCUGGAAUAUUACAUCAUUUAUGCAGCAGCAUACAAUACAUUUUUGGACUCACCUUGUUGUGCUGAAGCUCACUUGAACAGAAAGGUGGCGCUGCGGUCCUUGGUGGGCAAAUUUUGUCAUCAAACUCUGAUAUUCUCUGGAUUUCCAGUGCUUUCAAAACAAAAAAAGCAAGGUUGAAUCAUGAUGACGUCAUUGAUCUUCAGGUCGGAGCUCUAGAAAGAGGCCGGAUUUACAAUACCGAGUUGGGUGACCGUUCAAAAUGUAUUUUCCUAGUCAGAGCUUGUUUAUUCCCGACUUCCCAGUUGUCUUGAACUCACUGAAGUCAAGUUUCCGCAGUUCUGAGUUAACAGUUGUUUUGAGCGCGGCACAAAUCAUGCUUCAUUGACAACAUGGCCAUUGUUGAAUGUUUAUCAUUUUAAACUUGGAAAAGAGCCCCCUCAAUCCCAGAUUUGGGACCAGACAGCCACUGUCACUGAUUCCUUCCCAAAUCAAUCACUGUUGAUUAUGCAAUUAUUAUGCAUUGUUUAUGUCCAAUGGCCGAUGAACACCGAUAUGUUUUAUCUAUAAUUUCUCUUCAUUAUUUCUCUUCAUAUGACAAGGAUUAAAAACGAUUUGCCAGUAGAUUGUUGACUUGAUUCAUGAUGAUGAGUGCUAGCUAAGAUUUUGAAAGUAUGAUGUUGACAUGAUCAGUCCAAUCAAAGCUACUGUACAUAUAACGUGAUUUGACGUCAUUUUCUCUGUGGCCAAUGACCUUGAGCCUUCUUGGAUGUACACUUCUAAUGUAACUCUAUGGCAGCACCCAAGGGACUAGAAUUUUCUAAAUAUACCCUUAGACUUGGAGGUGAAGUAGCGUCCCCAUGAGUGACAGAAACUGAGCCAAUCACGGCACAGCGCUCCGUAUUUUCUGCUGGCUUGCCCCACCACCACAGAGAGCACUGAGCUAGGCUGAAACGGCUGCAUUUAGGAGUUGCCUUACUCAAGAAAACAAAAAAAGAGACCAUGUUUGUAUGCUGCUUUAUUAACUCAAUGAUGUAUAUUAUUUUUUACAUUGUUUGCAAAUUGAUAUGUGACAACUAUUAAUGCCAACAGGAAAGCCCCCCCGCCUCCCCUACAAAUGUGGGGCUCAAAACUGGUGUCCUGAAUGACGAGUCGCCACUGUAGAUUCUAUAACUAUGGACAUUUUUAGCUGGACUAUGCUGUACGUAUAUGUCAGCAGCACGUGAAACCGAGAACUCUAGCUGUCCAUUUGAUAUUUUCCAUUUCUAUUUCUUCUACUGUGCAUCAUGAACCACAACACUGUGGGGGGUUCGGCGCGUAGGAUUUGUUGAGGAGCGGAGGUUUUACAUGGGAUAUGAGGUGGGGCAGAGUGCCCUUCGCCUCGAUCACCCUUCGCCUCGAUCACAGCGACGGAGUCAUUGCAUUCUGGUACACCAGAAGUACUUUCAUUUCUAAUGGAAACGCGCCGUUUGCCUCGCAGCGUUGCGUUGCAGCUUUUGUUUCAGCUUGAGGGAGCUGAAAUGCAGAACUGGAGUGACAGAUUAGACAGUAUUGUACAGCACAUCAUCAGUGGCUAGUACCAAGGUGUAAGCCUACCGUUUCUGUUUGGUCUACAGCGUCAGAAAACAUGUUGAAACUUUACAGUGUGAAAUAAUCAUAUGCAGAAAGAAUCAUAAAAAGUCUGACUUCUUUUAGCCUACUAGCUUUUUCAUCAUAUUAUGGGUCCCUAAAUGAAUUGUUUGAGUACAAUGCAUUUUGGGCUUUCCUAUGGGUAUUAUGUGUAGCCUGUAGAAGAGGCUAGCCAUAGAAAUGCAGAGCCAGUCAUGUUGGCACCAAACAAUUACACUCAUAUUUGCAGUCUUUUAGCUUUUGGUGGCAACAGGUCAAAUGUAUAUUUCUCUAAUCUAAACUCUAUUGCCCUGGCCUGUACUGUAGCAUGAAGGUCCAAGUGAAUGGCCUUCCUAGAGGCCCUAGAGGGAAUGGCCGUCAGUGUCUAGGGGCCUUCCUAGAGGCCCGAGAGGGAAUGGUCUUCAGUGUCUAGGGGCCUUCCUAGAGGCCCUAGAGGGAAUGGCCUUCAGUGUCUAGGGGCCUUCCUAGAGGCCCGAGAGGGAAUGGCCUUCAGUGUCUAGGGGCCUUCCUAGAGGCCCUAGAGGGAAUGGCCUUCAGUGUCUAGGGGCCUUCCUAGAGGCCCUAGAGGGAAUGGCCUUCAGUGUCUAGGGGCCUUCCUAGAGGCCCUGGACACUGAUUCCUUGGUCAGUUUAGCAUUUUCCCCACUAAUGGUUAAGGCCAGGAUUGGGGAGGGGAAUAUGAUCUUUGAUCUGUACCUAGGGAAAAAAUGUCAUCCUGGAGCAGACUUUGAUUCCUGUUGCCCAAAGUUGACUCUUGUUAUUUUAUCAUGAAAAGCCACACCAGGCCAAAUACGAGUGUGUGUUCUUUUGGAGUGCAAUCCUGCCACUGGGUAAUUUGAGGACCAAUGUUGGGAACUCCUACUAUCUUUAUAGGUAUUUGGAAAUUCACCCCCCCAAAAAUCACAGAACCUAUAUAUCUCUUCUUUGGCAAUAGUAAUUGAAUUUUGAGUGUUAAGUUGCAUAUGUUGCAGAGAGGAUGAAACUACUGAUGCUCACACUGGCACGGAUGCCAGCUGUUCCGAAAACAUGUCUUCAUUCCUCUAUGAAACGAUUUCUCUCAAUGCAGAUUCACUAGACAGUGCAGUGUUCCAGUCCAGACGAUAAACAUAUCAUUUCUAUGGUAAAAAAUAAAAAAGGUCAAAAGGUGAACAAAUUGAUACUGGUUGCGUUCCAGGUAGACUACAUGCAUCAACCAAUGGUUGUGUGCCACAUCAUCGACUGUGCAUUCGUCCAUCAGAUUGCUAUAUCAUAGGAUGUGGUUAGCUGACAUGUUAAACACCUAUCCAGUGGUUGUGAGAUCUGGCAUUCGUCUGCAAUGUAAUCAGCUAGGAACGCGGACAAUAUCGCUCAACCCUCGGUGUGUCCGUGGAGUCUUUCCCCUGCCUGCCUGCUGUGAGUCAUUUUGUAUACAGGAAAAAAUAUGAAUAAUGAUACAUCUGUGUGAAGGAUGGCAUGUUCAUGAAUCCCUCAUUAAGCUCAGUAUACCUGUGUCGUGUUAACCAUGUAUUAUCCACCACGUACAGCUGAAUUCCUACAAAAUAUGGUUUAUUGUACCAUUGAUACUGUAGUUUCAAAGACUGAAGUGGACAAUUAUUUUUAUGAAAUGUGACUGGAUAUAUUACAUUUUGAAAAAAAAAAAAAAAUUGUUUAAUGAAAGAUAUUCUGAAAUACUGUCAAAUAAACUCUUGACAUGGUGUAAAGUACUCAUUUUCGGGAUGUCUGUGUGGGAUUUUAAUGUCUGAAUGUGAGUGAAUGUGCUUUAAAACGUGGUAAUAUCUAUUGACUGUGUUCAAUAUUAAUUAUCCAUAUAAUGAUAGGCCCAUAGACUGUUUAAAAUGAAUUGACCUCAUUGUAGUAUAGGUCUCAAAGGCUCCAUCUAGUGCAGAAGACUUAG